AUGGCUCAAGGGAAGAUUAAAUUAAAGGCUAAAGCUCCAGCUAGAGUAACCAAGAAGCAACAGAAUCCAAAGAGGAACGCUCCUAAGAUUAUUAAGCCUAAGAAAACCGUCGCUAAAGAAGCUAAGAAGUUGACCAAAGUACACCAAAGUCAGUUAAUGACAUCUACUGAAAAGUUGAUUGCUAGUAGAGUUGGACAUUUAGAAUUAAUCAAGGGAUCAAGAAGAGAAAUUGAAAAGGAACAAAAGGCUGCUGAUAAAAAUAACGCUGCUAACAAAGAAAAGCUUGAACCAACAUUGGCCAUACCUGAGUUGACAGCAUUAGAUCCUGAUCUUGUUUUAGAAAAAGAGAAAAAGGAAAGAAAAUCACGACGUAGAAUACGGUAA